GGACUUUCCUGAAUACGGGUAGGAAACGUAUAUCGACUGAAGGAGCGACGUCAGUGUUUGUGUGCGUUUGUCGGAAAGAUGGCGGAGGCUGCGGCAGUUCCUCCGCAUCGGUUUUUCUGUCACUGUUGUAAAGGCGAAGUGAGACCAAAACUCCCGGAAUACAUCUGCCCCAGAUGUGACUCUGGAUUCAUUGAGGAAGUGACGGAAGACUCCAGUCUUUUGGACAGUAGUACGAAUGGCCUCGAUGACACAGCUUCACAGUUUGCAGAGCUCUGGCAGCUUCUGUUUGUGGAGCGGCCGUUCACAGUGGACUUGGACAGCCCCGAUUCAGAGCCACGGGUUCCAGGGGGUCCAGGAGGACUUGGUUUGGGAGGAGGGCCGUUUGGUGGCUCCGUCCCUGGGGGGCUCAGCGGGAACCUCGGUGGCCCGUUAGGAGGAGGAGGAGAUCACUGGGGCCCCAGCCGCCCCCCUCGCUUGCACACUCAGAGGAGAUACAGAUCCAGAGGAAGCAGUCGGCCGGAUCGCUCCCCUGCUGUAGAGGGAAUAGUACAACAGUUUCUUGCUGGCCUUUUUGCCAAUUCAGGUGCUCCAGGCUCCCCACCACUGUCAUGGACAGGCAUGCUGCACUCAAACCCUGGUGACUAUGCCUGGGGUCAGGGUGGUCUGGAUGCAGUCAUUACACAGUUACUGGGUCAGUUUGAGAACACAGGUCCCCCUCCUGCAGAGAAAGAGAAAAUUUCCUCCCUCCCCACGGUCAUUGUUUCUCAGGAACAGGCUGACAGCAGUUUGGAGUGUCCAGUGUGUAAGGAGGACUACACAGUCGGAGAGCCAGUCAGGCAGCUGCCCUGUAAUCACUUCUUCCACAGUGACUGCAUUGUGCCCUGGCUAGAACUGCAUGACACAUGUCCGGUAUGCAGGAAGAGUUUGAGUGGAGGGGACAGUGGCAAUCAGCCACCCUCAGAGCCCUCCUCCGUAAACACCGAGCCCCGCACACAGGAGAGAUGGUCCUACUGAGGGAGACACCCACAUGCUUCAUUUCAUCUCUGCUCUAUUUCUGUCUAACUUUCACAAUGCACUCAACGCGUGAGGAUUUGCCACUAUUUGGCAAUCCCUGUCUUAACGCCAGCCUCUCUCUCUCUCCCCAUUUUUGAUCUUACCACUCUCAUAUGGUUUACUAUGGCUUGUUUACGGUUUUACUUUUUAUCCCUCAUGCUUCCUCUGUUGUGGCCUGUCUCUAGUCUCCUUUCUGUCUCUGCAUUGACACUUUUUCAUUAAUUUAGAGGCGUUUGCAUUUGACUGCACCUCUUGUCCUGGUGUCUGCUUUCCAGGCUACUGACUCUGAAGACACGCACAUGCUCACCACCAUCACUACAUGAGCCAUCCCCUCUUCUAGAAUGUGCAGUGUUAUGCACUUCCCAUGAAGCUCAGCUGCACAUGCUAUACAGAGCCAGCCCCUAUUCAGUGUAAUAGCUAUGGGGUUCACUGUGUCCCCAGGCCCAUUCUACUGAUUGGUUGCCCUUGACCUCAUUUUUGCUCACUGUUUAGCACACCUGUUCACUGGGUCACCGUGUCCUGUCUCGGUAGUUGCUACCAGUUUCGGAGCGCUCCUUUUCCUCUUCCUCUUGCCAUCUGUGCACUUGUCCCAGGUGUAUAUAUCUCAGACGCACACAGUGUCCGUCUCAUCCCCCUAACACCCCCCCCCUUCAUUGGCAUCACUCCUUUUCUUUUUUUGUAAAUAAUUUUAGUUCGAAUUCUCAUUCAAAGAAAAAAAAAAACCAGAAGGAAAGGAAUACUGCAUAUAAAAUGGUGAAUCCCUAAAUAUUAAAAUAUAUAUUAUAUAAAUGAUGUGUUGUCAAUUAUGUAUUCAUAAUAAAACUGAAUAAAAAUCAGUUAACUGUUGAUCUUGCUAAGACAGGUUUACAGAAAUUUUUACAUGAAUCACAUGUACAAGAGCCAAGGAUACCAUCUGAUUUCAUUCUUUUGUUUCUUUGAAAUGCUUUGUAGGUUGGUUUAUCUACAGCAUCCAGGUAAAAUGAUGAUAAACCUGU